AAUACCUGUCAUCUGCCUGUCAUUCUUUGUCGGCUCUAAGACCAUGUGCUGUCAAAAUAACGCAUAUCGCGUUUUAGCGUUUUGUGGGUUAUUAAAGAUAAUUAAUUAAUUGGUGCAUUCAUAGAUUAACAGGCCCAAUGGAUGUAUCUUCCUUGAUAGAAGUGGUUAUAAAAACAGAGGACGAUGAUGAAGAGGAAAUAUCUAGCAAAAAUGAGUAUGAUAACAACAAAAAGGAAUCUGUCACUUCAGCUUGUACUGAAUGCGACAGGCCGUUUGCUGUCACCCUUCCGUAUAUCAAGGCAGAGCAAGCACUGGAGGAAGGGGGUGCGGAGCUGAAGGCA